GGAGAGCGCUGUGGUGAUAAUAAACAAGAAAUAGCCUCGCCUCCACACACUCCUAGUGCGGCAGUUUACCGCCUUCCCGCCCCUCCGCCCCACCAAAAGCACCAGCACCCUUCUAACUGGCUUCCAAGCGCCACACGAGCACAACUACCCCUCCAUCCACAACCCCUCCAUAGCGAAAACAACAACAACCCACCAACCACCCAAACCACCACAAGAGCCAUCACAGCAACCCGCGAUGGCAGAUACGGAAACGGCACCGCUUGAGCCACAGGCUAGACAUAUUGUGUAUUGUGGCGUCUGCACGCUGCCACCUGAGUACUGCGAGUUCGGCGGGACGACGAAGAAAUGCAAGGAAUGGCUUGAGGAGAACCAUCCCGACAUGUCCGAAAAGAUUUACUCCGCUGACGCCCUCGAAGCCGCAACCUCCACCCUCUCCAUUGACGCCCUCAAGCGCGCGACCAAAGACUCCGCCAAAAAAGCCGCCAAAGCCGCCCAAGCAGAACAAAAGCACGCCUCCGCCCUCGCCGCCUCCCGCAUCAUCAUCAAGCGCGUCGAGCGCAACAAGCGCAAAUACGUGACUGCAGUAUCGGGUCUCGAAGCCUUCGGGCUGGAGUUGAAGAAGGUGAGCAAGGAUUUCGGGAAGAAGUUUGCGACGGGGAGUAGUGUUACCAAGACAGCGAGUGGGGGGGAGGAGAUUGUCGUCCAGGGUGAUGUGAGUACGGAGAUUGAGGACUUUUUGUUGGAGAAGUAUGGGGAUUUGGUGCCGGGGGAUAAUAUUGAGUUGGUGGAGGAUAAGAAGAAGAAGGGGGCGGGCGCGGCGCCCGGCCCGUAGGUGGGGGUGGUACUUGGGGGGGGGGGUAGAUAGAAGAGGGGGUGGAUGAAAUUUAUGGAUUGGGUAUAGGAUCUAAGCUUUCGGUUUUAGAGGGGGCUGCGAUGUGGUGAAAGAUGUGUACUAAACGGGCCUAGAUAUGUAUUGUAGGUCCCAAGAACCAUGACUUGUUGAUUUAUUCCGUCCGCCUUGUC